AUGUGUGGUGAUGACGGCGCUGAGGACGACACGCAGAUGUUGCCGGGCAGCCCCGCUACCGGCCUCAGCUUCAUGUCGUUGGCGAGUGUCGGGGGGAUGCUGGGAGGGGCGGAUGUGGCCAUGGGGGCGGGGGAGGGGGGUUUGGACGAGGACGACAUGUGCGGCGGAGAUAUGCACGAGGAUAGCUGGGGGUUUGGCGAAGAUACGGCCGUCGGGGAGCCGUGGAACGAGGUAAUUCAUGGACUGCACACACCUGAAAUGAAGACAGACCACGGGUCACAUCUCACUCUGGCUGGAUCUGUGUGCCUUUUGCACCAGUUGUUUAUCGCUUGUCGCGUCGCCUGUAGUGUGUCUGCCAGUGGCGGUGGCGGUGGUGGUGGCCUCUACGACACCACACCGACGCCGCCGCACCACAGUGCUCAACAGGCACAUCCGCUGCCCGCCUUCUUCCCGGCGGCCGUGACGACGGGCAUGCCGGUGGCCGAGCACACGCCACAGAGAUACCGACACGAGCACGACGAGGGGGAGUCGAGCAGCGACGAAGACGAGCAGCUAUCCGUCAGAAGGUGAGCAGAGAGGGCCCCACACAGAAGAAAGUGUUCAGUGUCCCAUGGGCCGUCAGUGCCAUGUUUGGUUGUGUUGUGUGGCUCAUGCAGGAAGAGGGCCCGCGGCCGGCUCAGCACUCAUCCUCCCUCGCACACCGCUGGAGGCAUGAUAUGAGUGCAAUAUCACACACACACACACACACACAUAUACGACACACGAUACGCAUCCAUCCGUCUGUCUGCGUGGAUUGGAUGCGUACGUGUCCAUUCCAUGCAGUCCAUCCAUUAGACCGAAGCCAGCCAUGUCUUGAGAGAAAGAUCGUGUAUGGUGUGCUUGGAUUGGGGGGGUGUCACUCUCUCGUGAGGCGUGUGGCUGCAUGCUGCUUUCAAAGGACGGAUAGACGGACAGACUGACGCUGUGCGUGUGUGCGUGCUGCGGCGAGUGUGAAUGAAAC